AUGGAGGUUUCUGAGGAGAAAAAGAGAAAAUCCAAGAAACUGUUUACAGAGUACAAAUGUGAUGUUUGUAAAAAAGUGUUCGGUGACAAAUCGCUGCUGCGCGAGCACAAGAAGACCCAUUCGACCGCGACGCCGUACGCCUGCGACCUGUGCCCGUAUGCCGGGAAGACCGCCAAGUACCUGGGGAGGCAUGUCAAGAAGAUGCACACCACGCCCACGGUCGCCUGCGAGGUGUGCGGGAAGAUGUUCCACUUCGUGUGCAAGCUGAAGAGCCACAUGCUGGUGCACACCGGUGAGAAACCAUACAAAUGUAAGGUCUGCGGCAAAGCGUUCAACUCUACGUACUCUCUCAAAACCCACAGCUUCAUACACGAAGAAAGCGGC